AAGCCUCUCCUCUCCCCGAACCCUAACUCCAUCUUCCCCGGCGGCGGCGCAGCAGAGGAUAUCAGCCAUGGUGAAGUUUCUCAAGCCCGGGAAGGCGGUGAUCCUGCUGCAGGGGAGGUUCGCGGGGCGGAAGGCGGUGAUCGUGCGGGUGUUCGAGGAGGGCACCCGCGACCGCCCCUACGGCCACUGCCUCGUCGCCGGCCUCGCCAAGUACCCCAAGAAGGUGAUCCGCAAGGACUCGGCGAAGAAGACGGCGAAGAAGUCGCGCGUCAAGUGCUUCCUCAAGCUCGUCAACUUCACCCACCUCAUGCCCACCCGCUACACCCUCGACGUCGACCUCAAGGAGGUCGCCGCGGGGCCCGACGCGCUCGCCACCAGGGACAAGAAGGUCGCCGCCUGCAAGUCCGCCAAGGCGCGCCUCGAGGACCGCUUCAAGACCGGCAAGAACAGGUGGUUCUUCACCAAGCUCCGCUUCUGAGCUCUCUCCUGCGGCGGCGGCGGCGGCGAUGGGAUGGUACUGGUGCACGGCCAUCUCAUCCUUUUUCUCUUUUUCUAAAGCUUUUCGCUUUCUGAGUAGCAGCCAAUGAAUGGUUUUGGAUUUUCUAAAUUAAUCUCAAUCACCCUGAUGUAAUGGUACUACUGCCUGCUUGUGUGGGUGUGGAUGUUUAGUAGUAUGGAUCUAUUAAAGAAGCAUAUUGGGAGACGUUCUGUGUCAAUUUUUCACUGGUUAUGGUUCA